UUGCUUAAACGGGUCCAGUAUCAGUUUGCUUCCUAGACGCCCUCUCUCUCUCUCUCUCUACGUUGCAGAAAUGGCAGCAUCAGCUCUCUCUCCUGCCCCUAGUCUCUCAAUCUCCACUCGCUACCGAGCGUCGGCUCUCUCAUCAGUUCCACAAAGAAACUCAACAAGGUCUACAGCCUGUGCCUUUCCGUGCCCUAACGGUUACUCGAAUAUUGGAUUAUCUAACGGAAAACGUGGAGUUCCUCUAACGCUCGGGAAGCGAGAUUUUCGCGGCUCUACUACUGCAAUAAUUACAUCCGAUAACAGUUAUGGCACUAUAAAGGCGUUUAUGCCAGCUGUUAUGACUCCAGUUGGACCAGUGGAUCUUUCAGUAGUUUUAUUCAGGAAUCGCACAAUCUUCAUUGGGGAACAUAUAGACGCAAUGGUUGCUCAGCGAGUUAUAUCCCAGCUUGUGACCCUGGCAGCUAUAGAUGAUGCAGAUAUUUGGGUGUAUCUGAACAGCUAUGGUGGGGACCCCUACUCAGUUUUUGCAAUCUACGAUUGCAUGUCUUGGGUAAAACCCAAGGUUGGCACAGUAUGUUUUGGAAUGGCUGCAAGCCAUGCAACACUUGUCCUUGCUGGUGGUGAAAAGGGUAUGCGUUAUUCAAUGCCAAAUGCACGUAUUAUGAUUCAACAACCUCGGGGUGCAUUGGGGGGGGACUUUGUUGAAGUGAAGACACAAGUGAAUGAAACAGUUUACACAAAAAAUAAAAUCGACCUAAUGUAUGCUGCCUUUACCGGCCAACCUUUAGACCUAAUACAAGCGUACACAGAAAGGGACCGAUACUUUUCUGCUGCAGAGGCUGCAGACUUCGGUCUCAUUGACGGGCUCAUGGAAACAGCAUAUUAAGCUAAGAGCCGUCCUAUAGGUUCGUAAAAUAUCACAGAAUUUUUUGGUGGAGGACAAUGUUGAUCAAUGAUCUGUAUUUGUAAUGUUCAACGAAAAACUGACCGGUACUACUUGUACAAUGUUAGAAUGCACUUUUUUUCUUUUUCUGAAAUUCCUAAUCGCGCAAACAUUGAUGUCUUGGGGUC